UUGAUUCCGAAGCAGCUUCUACAAUACACAGAGCUGCUGCGGGUGGCUUGCUUUAAUAGUAACAGAGCGCUCACGUUCCUGUACUGGAGGACUUUAGAGGGGAAGAGGUACCCUGUUGUAGAUUGUGCUAUGGGAUAUCAUUGUGCUGUUCAACUCCUGGAACACUAAACGUGGCAGAGAGAGGGGCAGGCGGUUAGAAGUUACCGCAUAGAAUUGCAGUAGUGAACCUGCAGGACUAUCUGUUGGUUUGAAGCCUUUGUUGCAGAAGAUAUCCCAGUAAUUGCUCAGCUGCUCGGUGAGUGAAACAAGCUCUUCUCCGUUGGAGUUUGCAUUCGUGGACACAGCAUUUUCCGUUUAAGAGAGAUUUAAAAAAAAAAAAUCUGAGUCUGUUAAAGUAAAAUAUUUGCUAAGGAUAUCAUGGAUAUAAAAGAUCGAAGGCACAGAUCUUUGACAAGAGGACGUUGCAUGAAAGAAUGCCGUUAUACCAGCUCCUCAUUGGACAGUGAAGACUGCAGAGUGCCUACUCAGAAGUCCUACAGCUCCAGUGAAACAUUAAAGGCUUAUGAUCAUGAAAACAGAAUGCAUUAUGGGAAUCGUGUUUCUGAACUUGUUCACAGAGAGUCUGAUGAAUUUCCAAGGCAAGGAACUAACUUCACACUGGCAGAACUAGGGAUUUGUGAACCUUCCUCUCAUAGAGGCAACUACUGCUCGGAUAUUGGAAUACUUCACCAAGGUUUUCCACUGAGUACAGGGUCUGACGCUGAUUCUGAUACAGAGGGAGGGAUGUCUCCAGAACAUGCUAUACGUUUAUGGGGUAGAGGAAUUAAAUCCAGGCGUAGCUCCGGCUUAUCGAGUCGUGAAAAUUCAGCCCUGACAUUGACUGACUCUGAUAACGAAAAUAAAUCAGACGAGGAGAACGAUGCAUAUCUCAAUGGGCAGAAGAUGAGAUCUCAAGGGGAACAGUUGUCACUGCAGGACAUACCAGAUAACUGGAAGGAAAGUCCAAAUUCAAAAUGCUGUUAUUCUGAGAGCAGUGGAGUCACAAAAUUAGGAAACCAUACAAACAGUCGCUACCCAAAAACUCCCUGUCAUCUGGAUCUCUACUCUGAAGGUCGCCCCAUCCCAUCUACAUCUUCGUCUAGCCUACUACCAUCUGCACAACUGCCCAGUUCUCAUAAUCCUCAACCUGUUAGCUGCCAGAUGCCUCUGCUAGACAGCAAUACUUCUCAUCAAAUAAUGGACACCAACCCCGAUGAGGAGUUCUCCCCUAAUUCAUACCUGCUAAGGGCAUGUUCAGGUGCACAACAGGCUUCCAGCAGUGAUACACUAGGCAUUGGGACAAGACACUGUCGCUCAGCUACAACAGAAAUUCCUGAAGGACAAAGAGAGGGAAAUGGAGAGACUUAUAUAAUGUACCUCCAAACAGAGGCAUCUACACUGCUGAGGGAGGGAGAUUCAAAGCAGAGAUUUCUGGGAGGGCCAUCAAAUCAUCACAGCCAGUCAACACUUCGGCCACCCCUUCCUCCUCCUCACAAUCACACUUUGUCCCACCAUCACUCUUCAGCUAACUCUCUCAACAAGAACUCACUGACUAAUCGGAGAAACCAGAUACAUGCACCAGCACCACAGCCAAAUGAUCUGGCAACUACUCCAGAAUCUGUGCAACUUCAGGACAGUUGGGUACUCAACAGUAACGUGCCACUCGAGACCAGGCAUUUCUUGUUUAAGACAUCGUCUGGAACUACACCUUUGUUUAGCAGCUCAUCUCCUGGAUAUCCUUUAACAUCGGGAACUGUUUACACUCCUCCUCCAAGGCUCCUGCCCAGAAACACUUUCUCCAGAAAUGCCUUCAAGCUAAAGAAGCCGUCCAAAUACUGUAGCUGGAAAUGUGCUGCCUUAUCGGCUAUUGCUGCUGCAGUUCUUCUAGCGAUAUUGUUGGCGUACUUCAUCGCAAUGCAUCUGCUUGGACUUAACUGGCAGCUCCAGCCAGCAGACGGACAUACCUUUAACAACGGAAUAAGGACAGGCAGUGAAGAUGUUGCAACAAUGCCAUCUGGAGGCAAAGGACCUUGGAUUACAACAAGAAAUAGCAGCAUAGACAAUGGAGAAGUAGAAAUUGGACGCAGAAUCACCCAGGAAGUGCCAGCAGGAGUGUUUUGGAGAUCUCACAUCCACAUCAUUCAGCCGCAGUUUCUCAAAUUUAAUAUCUCCUUAGGGAAAGAUGCACUUUUUGGUGUCUACAUCAGGAGGGGCUUUCCACCUUCUCAUGCUCAGUAUGACUUUAUGGAGCGUCUGGAUGGAAAAGAGAAGUGGAGCGUUGUAGAGUCUCCAAGAGAACGACGCAGCAUUCAAACCUUGGUGCAAAACGAAGCUGUGUUUGUCCAGUACUUGGACGUUGGCUUUUGGCACUUGGCUUUUUACAAUGAUGGCAAGGACAAGGAGAUUGUAUCCUUCAACACCGUCGUCCUAGACUCUGUUCAAGAUUGUCCUCGAAAUUGCCAUGGCAAUGGGGAAUGUGUGUCUGGGGUCUGUCAUUGCUUUCCUGGAUUCCACGGAGCUGAUUGCGCAAAAGCUGCAUGCCCGGUUUUGUGUAGCGGUAAUGGACAAUACUCCAAAGGAGCCUGCAUCUGUUACAGUGGAUGGAAAGGAGCAGAAUGUGAUGUACCCAGCAGUCAGUGCAUUGACCCCUCAUGUGGGGGCCAUGGUUCUUGCAUGGGAGGAAACUGUGUGUGCUCUCUGGGAUUCAAGGGAGAAAACUGUGAAGAAGGUGACUGUAUGGACCCAAAUUGCUCUAAUCAUGGGGUUUGUGUGAACAAAGAAUGUCUCUGCAGUCCGGGUUGGGGUGGUCAGAGCUGUGAACUUCCAAGAACUCAGUGUCCAGAUCAAUGCAGUGGCCAUGGGACAUACCUCACCGACACAGGUCUGUGUAGCUGUGAUCCUAACUGGAUGGGUCCUGAUUGCUCUGUUGAGGUAUGCUCAGUGGACUGUGGUACUCACGGUGUUUGCAUUGGCGGAGCAUGUCGCUGCGAGGAAGGUUGGACUGGAGUGGCAUGUGACCAACGCGUUUGUCACCCUCGUUGCACUGAACACGGAUCUUGCAAAGAUGGAAAAUGUGAAUGCAGAGAGGGAUGGAAUGGGGAGCACUGCACCAUUGAUGGCUGCCCUGAUCUUUGCAAUGGCAAUGGGAGAUGUACACUCGGUCAGAACAGCUGGCAGUGUAUCUGCCAGACCGGCUGGAGAGGUUCGGGAUGCAAUGUUGCCAUGGAAACAUCUUGUGCAGAUAACAAGGAUAAUGAGGGAGAUGGCCUUGUGGAUUGCUUGGACCCCGAUUGUUGUCUCCAAUCAACUUGCCAAUCAAGCAUACUCUGUCGUGGAUCACGUGAUCCUUUAGAUAUCAUACAACAAAGCCAGCAAAAUUCACCAGCAGUAAAAUCAUUUUAUGACAGAAUCAAACUUUUGGUUGGAAAAGACAGCACACACAUAAUUCCUGGAGAAAAUCCUUUCAACAGCAGUCUUGUUUCCCUAAUACGUGGACAAGUUAUGACCACUGAUGGAACACCACUUGUUGGAGUUAAUGUGUCAUUUGUGAAAUAUCCAAGAUAUGGAUAUACCAUAACACGUCAAGACGGCACGUUUGACUUAAUAGCCAAUGGCGGAGCAUCCUUAACUCUUCACUUCGAGCGAGCGCCUUUUAUGAGCCAGGAGAGGACUGUGUGGCUACCAUGGAAUAGUUUUUACGCUAUGGAUACAUUAGCAUUGAAAACAGAAGAAAACACGAUUCCUAGUUGUGACUUAAGUGGCUUUGUGAGGCCUGAUCCGGUUAUAAUAUCUUCUCCACUUUCAACAUUUUUCAGUUCUUCUCCGAGAAGGAAUCCAAUAGUUCCAGAAACACAGGUUCUCCAUGAAGAGAUAGAAAUGAUGGGAUCUAAUUUGAAACUUUGUUAUCUGAGUUCGCGUACAUCUGAAUAUAAGUCCUUGCUGAAAAUCAUUAUGACUCAGACAAUGGUCCCAUUAAAUCUUAUCAAAGUUCACCUGAUGGUAGCCGUUGAAGGUCAUUUAUUUCAAAAAACAUUCCAAGCAUCACCAAAUUUGGCCUACACUUUUGUCUGGGAUAAGCAUGAUGCAUAUGGUCAGAGAGUGUAUGGCCUCUCAGAUGCUGUGGUGUCUGUAGGCUUUGAAUAUGAAACAUGCCUCAGUUUAAUUUUAUGGGAGAAAAGAACUGCGACAUUGCAAGGAUUUGAACUGGAUCCCUCAAAUCUUGGUGGCUGGUCUUUAGACAAGCAUCAUAUAUUAAAUGUUAGAAGUGGGAUACUACAUAAAGGUAGCGGAGAAAACCAAUUUCUUACACAGCAGCCUGCUGUGAUCACAAGUAUUAUGGGUAAUGGCAGAAGGAGGAGUAUAUCUUGCCCGAGCUGUAACGGACUUGCAGAAGGAAACAAACUGUUGGCUCCUGUAGCUUUGGCUGUUGGAAUUGAUGGGAGCCUCUUCGUGGGAGACUUUAAUUAUAUCAGACGCAUCUUUCCCUCCAGAAAUGUCACCAGUAUUUUGGAACUUCGAAACAAAGAAUUUAAACAUAGCAACAACAUUGCCCACAAAUAUUACCUGGCUGUAGACCCUGUGUCAGGCUCAAUAUUUUUGUCCGAUACCAACAGUCGCAGAAUUUUUAAAAUCAAGUCACUGACAGGUGCUAAAGAUAUCGCAACCAAUUUGGAAGUCAUAGCUGGAAAUGGAGAGCAAUGUAUGCCCUUUGACGAAGCCAGGUGCGGCAAUGGAGGAAAAGCAGUCGAUGCCAUUCUGACAAACCCUCGAGGUAUUGCAGUCGAUAAAAACGGACUCAUUUACUUUGUUGAUGCAACCAUGAUACGUAAAGUUGACCAAAAUGGAAUCAUAUCUACUCUGCUAGGAUCUAAUGACCUUGCAGCCGGUCGUCCACUGAGCUGUGAUUCAAGUAUGGACAUCACACAGGUGCGUAUGGAAUGGCCAACAGAUCUAGCUGUGAACCCAAUGGAUAAUUCUCUUUACGUGCUUGAGAACAAUGUUAUACUGCGGAUAACGGAAAAUCAUCAAGUCAGCAUCAUAGCGGGUCGGCCUAUGCAUUGCCAGGUACCUGGAAUAGACUAUUCUCUCAGCAAGCUGGCUAUUCAUUCUGCACUGGAAUCAGCAAGUGCCAUAGCUAUUUCCCACACUGGGAUCCUUUACAUUGCAGAAACAAAUGAAAAGAAGAUUAAUCGGAUAAGGCAAGUAACAACAAAUGGAGAAAUUUCUUUACUAGCUGGGGCAGCAUCCGACUGCAACUGCAAAGAUGAUGUCAACUGCAAUUGUUAUGCUGGAGAUGAUGGUUAUGCCACGGAUGCUUUUUUAUACUCACCUUCAUCUUUAGCAGUGGCACCUGAUGGCACAGUGUACAUAGCAGAUCUUGGGAACAUUCGUAUAAGGGCAGUUCUUCAGAAUAAACCUGUUCUAACAGCAUUUAAUCAAUAUGAAGUUGCAUCUCCAGGGGAACAGGAACUCUAUAUCUUCAAUAUCAACGGGAUUCACCAAUACACUCAAAGCCUUGUGACCGGAGAAUAUUUAUACAAUUUUACUUACAGCGCCGAUAAUGAUAUCAUAGAAGUGAUUGAUAAUAGCGGAAAUUCUUUGAAGAUUCGUAGAGACACAAAUGGUACACCAAGACAUUUUCUAAUGCCAGACAAUCAGAUCAUCACCUUGGCACUCACAACCAAUGGAGGAUUAAAGUUAGUCUCAACACAAAAUAUGGAACUUGCCUUAAUGACUUAUGAUGGAAAUACUGGUCUUUUAGCAACAAAAAGUGACGAGACAGGCUGGACAAAUUUUUAUGACUACGACAAUGAAGGCCGCUUGACGAAUGUAACACGGCCAACCGGAGUUGUUACCAGUCUCCACCGUGAAAUGGAAAAAUCCAUUACUAUUGACAUCGAAAAUUCCAACCGGGAUGAUGAUGUCACUGUUAUCACCAACCUUUCUUCCGUUGAGGCAUCAUACACUGUUGUUCAAGAUCAAGUGAGAAACAGCUAUCAGUUAUGUAGUAAUGGAACCCUGCGGGUGAUGUAUGCCAAUGGUAUGGGCAUCAGUUUCCAUAGUGAACCUCAUGUACUCACUGGUACAGUGACACCCACAAUCGGAAGGCGGAAUAUCUCACUGCCUAUGGAAAAUGGGCUAAAUUCAAUAGAGUGGCGUCUACGGAAAGAGCAGACAAAAGGGAAAGUGACUGUGUUUGGGAGAAAACUUCGAGUCCGAGGACGAAACCUGUUGUCGAUUGAUUUUGACAGGAAUUCCCACACUGAAAAAAUAUACGAUGACCACAGAAAGUUUACAUUGAGGAUUGUUUAUGACCAACUAGGUCGGCCACUUCUGUGGCUUCCAAGCAGUGGGCUUGCCCCUGUCAAUGUGUCUUAUUUCUUCAAUGGAAGAUUAGCUGGUCUUCAGCGUGGUGCCAUGAGUGAAAGGACCGAGAUGGACAAGCAAGGCAGAAUCAUCUCACGGUCAUUUGCAGAUGGAAAAGUAUGGAGCUACACAUACUUAGAAAAAUCUAUGGUACUUCUUCUUCAAAGUCAAAGACAGUAUAUCUUUGAAUAUGAUUCUUCUGACCGCCUUUAUGCUGUCACCAUGCCUAGUGUUGCCCGACAUAGCAUGUCCACUCAUACAUCCAUUGGCUAUAUCAGGAACAUUUAUAAUCCACCAGAAAGCAAUGCCUCAAUCAUCUUUGAUUAUAGUGACGAUGGUAGAAUUUUAAAGACAUCAUUCCUUGGUACAGGUCGGCAGGUAUUUUACAAAUAUGGCAAGCUUUCAAAGUUAUCUGAGAUAGUUUAUGACAGUACUGCAGUCACCUUUGGAUAUGAUGAAACGACUGGAGUAUUAAAGAUGGUGAAUCUUCAAAGUGGUGGUUUUUCAUGCACAAUUCGCUAUAGAAAAAUAGGACCUCUUGUGGAUAAACAGAUUUACAGAUUCUCAGAAGAAGGUAUGGUGAAUGCAAGAUUUGAUUACACUUAUCACGAUAACAGUUUUCGAGUUGCUAGCAUCAAACCUAUCAUAAGUGAAACACCCCUACCUGUAGAAGUAUAUCGCUAUGAUGAUAUUUCUGGUAAAAUCGAGCAUUUUGGAAAAUUUGGGGUAAUUUAUUAUGAUGUUAAUCAGAUCAUUACUACAGCAGUAAUGACACUUACUAAACAUUUUGACACUCAUGGACGCAUUAAGGAAGUCCAGUAUGAAAUAUUUAGAUCUCUCAUGUAUUGGAUGACUGUCCAAUAUGACAGUAUGGGACGUGUAACAAAGAGAGAACUGAAGCUUGGCCCAUAUGCCAACACAACUAAGUACACAUACGAAUAUGAUGGAGAUGGUCAACUUCAAAGUGUAGCCGUAAACGACAGACCAACAUGGCGGUACAGUUAUGAUCUAAAUGGAAAUCUCCACUUAUUGAAUCCCGGAAAUAGUGCACGGUUGAUGCCUUUGCGUUAUGAUCUUAGAGAUAGAAUAACACGACUUGGGGAUGUGCAAUAUAAAAUUGAUGAUGAUGGAUUUUUGAACCAAAGAGGGUCUGAUAUGUUUGACUACAAUUCUAAAGGCCUUCUUACAAGAGCUUACAACAAAGCCAAUGGGUGGAAUGUUCAAUAUCGAUAUGAUGGAUUAGGACGUAGAGCAUCAUGGAAAACUAAUUUAGGCCAUCACCUACAAUUUUUCUAUGCUGACCUUCACAACCCAACAAGAGUUACUCAUGUUUAUAAUCACUCCAACUCUGAAAUUAUAUCUUUGUAUUAUGAUUUGCAAGGUCACCUUUUUGCAAUGGAAAGCAGCAGCGGAGAAGAGUAUUAUAUUGCUUCAGACAACACAGGAACACCAUUGGCAGCAUUUAGUAUCAAUGGAUUGAUGAUUAAACAAUUACAGUAUACUGCCUAUGGAGAGAUAUAUUUUGAUUCAAAUCCAAAUUUUCAGCUUGUGAUUGGGUUUCACGGAGGUCUAUAUGAUCCUUUAACGAAACUAGUGCAUUUUACCCAGCGAGAUUAUGAUGUUUUGGCCGGACGCUGGAUAUCUCCAGAUUAUACAAUGUGGAAAAAGAUUGGAAGAGAUCCAGCCCCAUUCAACUUAUACAUGUUUAAGAACAACAAUCCACUGAGCACUGAAAUGGACUUAAAAAAUUAUGUUACUGAUGUCCAAAGUUGGCUGGUGAUGUUUGGAUUCCAACUAAGCAAUAUCAUCCCUGGAUUUCCACGGUCAAAAAUGUAUUUUGUACCAGCCCCAUAUGAGCUGACUGAGAGUCAAGAAUGUGAAAACGGACAGCUAAUUACUGGUGUUCAACAGACCACUGAAAGACAUAAUCAAGCAUUUAUGGCACUAGAGGGUCAGACUAUUGUAAAACGACUGCAUGCAAAUAUUAGAGAGAAACCAGGGCAUUGGUUUGCAACAACAGUUCCUAUCAUUGGAAAAGGAAUAAUGUUUGCCAUCAAGGAAGGUAAAGUGACUACAGGAAUAUCAAGCAUCGCUAGCGAAGACAGUCGAAAAAUCGCUUUGGUGCUCAAUGGUGCCCAUUACCUGGAAAAAAUGUAUUACAACAUAGAAGGAAAGGACACACAUUAUUUUGUCAAAAUUGGCUCAUCGGACAGUGAUCUGGUCACCUUAGGGAUGACAAACGGUCGUAAAAUGCUAGACAGCGGAGUGAAUGUCACAGUUUCACAGCCUACGUUGCUUAUAAAUGGAAGGACUCGCAGGUUUACAAACAUUGAAUUUCAGCAUUUGGCACUGCUUCUAAAUAUACGGUAUGGAAUGACCACAGACACACUGGAUGAAGAAAGGGCACGUGUUCUUGACCAGGCCCGUCAACGAGCUUUGAGUUCAGCUUGGGCUAAAGAGCAACAAAAAGCAAGGGAUGGAAAAGAAGGUAGUCGUUUAUGGACUGAAGGGGAAAAACAACAGCUUUUGAAUACAGGAAGGGUUCAAGGAUAUGAGGGAUAUUAUGUGCUACCUGUGGAGCAGUACCCAGAGCUAGCAGACAGUAGCAGUAACAUCCAGUUCUUGAGACAGAAUGAAAUGGGAAAGAGGUAACAAAUUAAUCUGCUGUCAUCCUUUGCAGGAUGAGUCAGUAGCUGAAACUGUUAUCUCCUCUCCUAAGGAGAUGAAGACCUAAAUGGGGCACUAGGCUGAAUUGUUUUCUGAGACAGUUAAGUAGCAAGAAAGCUCACAUUUUUUGAGUUAAACGCUACUGAAAACUACACAUUCAAGUGGACUUAAGCCUGAUUAAAAAAACAAAAAACAAAAACAAGCAAACAAACAAAACACAACUAAACACAAAAGUACCCCUGUGAUAUUACCCACUUCUUCUGGGUAUCCAUUUAAAAACAACCACAACAACAAAAAUGACAUGGCCUCUGAGCAUCUCUCAGCUUUGAUAUGUGAUUUACUUUUACUUUUAAGAAAUUCAAGUUGGCCACCUUUUCAAGACCAUUUACUGAAAACUUCUUGGACUGCUUCUUUGAUAAAUACCCCAAAAUUUUGAUUUAAGAAGAAUGCGUACUGCAUUUAAACAUUGACUUUGGAGUGAUUUGUAAAAAUGAUUCUAGAUUUAAGAGGACUGGAUAGACUCUAACAAGAAACACAAACUGUACUUGCACUCUAGUCCCAUAAUGCUCUGACUUAAUUUAUUCAUGAAGUGGGUAGAGUGUAAUGUUUGAUUCAAAAUGGAGGCUUUCACAACAGUUAAAAUUCAUCCUCUUGUUUGUAUUUGAAAUUCCAUUGUGGACAAUAUUACACAGUUACAGGGUGUAGUCUGUUUAGAAUCCGUAGUUUGUUGGUAUCAGUUGCAGUAGAGAUGUGGGCAUUGUGUCACUCGCAAAUGGGCACCACUUCAGAUCACCCUGUUCAUAUAAAGGCCAGAAGGCACAAUCACUGUUUCAGAUAAAAAAAAAAAAAAGAAAAACUAGAAAUGUGUUUGUUUGGUCUUAACAAUAAACUGAGACAAUCACCUUACAGUCACCACAAAAAAAAUAAUUGAUUAUGAACUUUGGUAUAAAACUUUUUUUUUUUGUAAUAUACAUGUAUGAAUUGUUCAUUGAGUUUUUAUAUUAUUUUAAUUUGCUGCUAAGUACAGAUUAGAGACAGGCAAAGAUAAUUUAUGGCAAAGUGUUUAAAUUGUUUAUACAUAAAUAAAGUCUCUAAAACUCCUGUGAA